GGAGGCCUAAACACUAGAGUGUGGUAGUGAGAAGGAAAACAAAGAGGAGAGUGAUUUGAUUUGACGAGAAAAGUGUUUGAUCCACUUAUUUUUGGACCCACUACGAAACUACCAUGCACUUUCCUUCCCAACAACAUCACUUCGUGAUCUUAUUCACAUCUAGUUCUGCCCCCUCACGCACUUUCACAGCAACUCCCACACAACCUUUACUUUCCAUAUACAUCACAUAACACACACCACGUCCCAAACCGACUUCUACACUCUCACUCCAUAAAACCCAAUUGCUUUUUCUCAUCUCUCAUAUCUCAUAUCUCAUAACUCCAAUGGCUACCGAUAGAAUUUUCAAGCCUUCCAAAUGGUUCUCCAACAAGAGUCUUAGGUUAAGCCUUCGUCGCCCGAGAUCAAGAUCCUCCAACUCAUCAUCACAAUCCUCAACUGCGUCUCCACGAUCUCCCAUGUCAACAUGCACAACCCCAAAGAAGGGAGAGAUGAACGGGCUGGUGGAGGCUUUUCGCCACUUGGACGGUGAUGGAGAUGGGAAAAUCUCGGCCUAUGAGCUAAGGUCGUAUUUUGGAUCCAUUGGGGAGCAGGUGUCUCACGAGGACGUUGAAGGGGUCAUCCAUGACCUCGAUUCUGAUGGGGAUAACAUGCUGGACUUGCAGGAUUUCACGAAGCUGAUGAAGAGAGAUGGUGGUGAUGGUGAUGAGCGGGAUCUACGAAAGGCUUUUGAGAUGUUUGUGUGGGAGAAAGAAGGGUGUGGUUGCAUCACCCCGAAGGGGUUGCAGAGGAUGUUGCACCGUCUUGGAGAUGAUAGGUCCUAUGAUGACUGUGUUGCAAUGAUCGGUGCCUUUGAUAUUGAUCACAACGGUGUUCUUGAUUUCGAUGAGUUUUACCAGAUGAUGGCUUAGUCAAUAUAUAACCCCUUCAUAUUUCUAGGUACAAUGGUUGCAAUGAUUCAAAACUUCAACUCAAACUUUUAUGUAAGGAAAACAGUAAAUAUAUGUACAUGGAGGCCGUUCCAGCCACUCCUUCUUAUGUUCUGAAAUAAGGCACGUCAUAUUCUUAAGUGGUAAAUAUUAUUUUAUGUUGCCUUUUCACCAGUA